UGAUUCGUUGAUUGAGUCUGUCGAUUGUAUGGCGUGAUGGUGUGGUUAUCUUUCGUCUUGAAUUAAGACAUUAUUUACCGGCUUUCAACAUUUCUAUGUUACCUUUUUGUUGUUUUUUAUAGUUUUCAGUGAUAAAAACGUAUACCCACUCAUCUUUUUCACAAAUGAAGCAUGUUGUGAAAGGUGCCUGCCACUGUAGGCUGGCCUUACAGGCGCCCAAACGCAACCCUCUCACUUCAUCGCACAACCUGUCGUCUCUCUCCUACCGACGAUCAUGGAGCCACCUGAGCGCCGUUCGCAACCUGAGUGCCACGCCCAUCUACACCGGUGACGAUCUAAGACAUUACUCCCAAAACGCACCCUUUCUAAGACACUCCCAAAACGCUCCCUUUUUCACGCGAACUUUAGUGUUGAGUGCGGCGACGCCGGUGCGUGCGUUUCACUUGAGUUCGCGAUCGUUCGCGACCGCCGAGGACGAACCGCUGAAACCGUCGUCGAAGGUCGAGGAGACGGUCAAGGCGCUGAAGGAGAAGGCAAAGGAGGAGGCGAAGGAGAAGAAGGAGGGGGAGGGUCUGGUGAAGAAAGAGGUGGCCGUGAAGAAGAAGUCGAUAGCGGUUCGAGUGAAAGAGGAGCUGUUGCACUAUUGGCAUGGAUUCAGGCUGUUGGGUAUCGAUAUCAAUGUGUGUCGCAAGUUGAUUUGGAGGGUGCUCAAUGGACAUAAGCUGACGCGACGCGAGUAUAAGUUGUUGAUUCGAGUUGUGGGUGAUAUAUUCCGUUUGAUUCCGUUCUCCGUUUUUAUAAUAGUACCUUUCAUGGAGUUACUUCUGCCAGUAUUCAUCAAACUAUUCCCCGGUAUGCUACCGUCUACAUUCCAAACAGCCAAAGAUACGGAAGAGAAAAUGAAACAGUCGCUGAAAGUGAAAUUGAAAAUGGCGAAAUUCCUUCAACAGACCCUGGACGAGAUGGGGGUUGCUGGAAAGGGUAGAUCUUCAGAAUCUGCCAAGCAGUUUGCUGAAUUUUUCGAAAGGAUCCGAAGCGGCGGAGGCAUAGCCACCAAGGAGGAGAUUCUGCGCUACUCGAAGCUGUUCCAGGAUGAGAUCACACUAGACUCGCUGCCGCGACCUCAGCUGAUGGCGCUGUGUCGAGUGCUGGAGAUCCAGCCGUUCGGAACCACCAACUUCCUCCGCUUUCAGCUUCAGAUGAAGCUGCGAUCGCUGGCUGCCGAUGACAAGAUGAUUCAGAAAGAAGGCGUCGAUUCACUGGACGUUGGUGAACUGCAACAGGCGUGCAAGGCACGUGGCAUGCGCGCUCUGGGUAUGUCCGAACAGCAGAUGCGCGCACAGCUGGCGCAGUGGCUACAGCUCUCGUUGGAUGAGAAGGUACCACCUUCUCUGCUGCUGCUGACACGUGCGUUCAUGCUGCCCGACACGAUCAGCACCGAGCAGCAGCUGGCUGCCACCAUCUCUGCGCUGCCCGACAUCCUGGCCACCAGCACCCAGGAGGCCAUCGGCGAGCUGGAGGGUCAGCUGGACAACAAGACCCGUCUCCAAGUCACCAAGCAGGAGGUGCAGAAGAUUGUCGAGGAGCGCAAGGAGGAUGCCGAGGAGGAGAGGCAGAAAGAGAUUUUGUUGGACAAAGCUCCCGAACUGGUGGACACAGCUCCUAUCCUAGUGGCUGAACCAUCCCCAACGCAAAAGGAAGAGGCGUCGACACAUAUUAGUGGGGUGGAAUUUGGAGACGGUGGGGAUGGACUCCUCAAGCAGACGGCUAAACAACUCAAGCAGGCAACCGAGUCGAUCGAUGUAGGUGUGAUAGAGAACGCCCUCGACUCCAUGGGCAAGACAAAGAAGAAGCUCAUCGUCGAGAAGGAGGAACUCAACGAGCUCAAAGAAGAGUUGGCCGAGUACAAAGAGGAUGUUGAAGACCUGAAAGAGCUGCCGGCUGAGGAGAUACAGGUGAAGGAGACGAAGGCGGCCAAGAGACUGUUCAAGGUCGUUAACAAAAUGAUUAACAAGUUGGACGCGCAUGUCGAGAAGCUGGAAGAGAAGGGUGAGACGCUCAAGAAGGACAUUUCGCAGUUGGAUGUCGAGAAGGAGGCUAGUGAUAAACAAGAAGAAGUACUCCGCAUCGACGAGGUACUGGAAGCCAUUCGCAAACUGCAGGAAGUUGGCGAUGAAUCGCGGUUGGCGCGCAUCAAGGAGGUGCUAGCUAAGAUGGAUGAUGACCUUGACGGAGCCAUUCGACUCGACACUGUUCUCAAGGUGAUAGAUGAAAUCGGCAGUGACAGUCUCAAACUCAGCCGGAAACAGAUGGACGAAAUCGUCGAGUUGAUUAAGAAGGAGGAGGAACUGGAGGAGGCGAGCAAGGAGUUGGCGGCCGCUAAGGAGAAGGAGAAGGUCGCCAAAGGAGGGGAACAGGUCAAGGAGAGGUAGGGUGGGGGGUGGUAGAGAACAGGAGAAGAGGGGAAGUGAUGGUGUCACCUAUAAAUUAACAAAAGCCACUUGAUAUUUUGUCGAAACCACUAAUUUAUAGAAACAAUUUGAGAUACUAGUCUCGGUUGUUACACCAGUCUAGUAAAUUUGAAUUUAACAACCUAAACUAGUAUCACAAACUGUUUGGAUAAAUCAGUGGUACGUUCUUGGAACACGGUAAAGCUGGUAAAUUGUUCCAGUUCCUGUGGUACCUUGGUCCAUGUCACGUGACUGGUGCAAAACUACUAUUUGUUCCCAUGGAACGCCACUUCAAAAUCAUUGGUUUAAGCUUUUGGCGCGCACUUUUGGAGUCUAUUUCCACCAAAGUGUGUCGUUUACUAGUUUGUUGUACAAAUUUACCUGCUACAGAAGUGUACACUUCUUCCACUUUAUUACUCUCAAAUAUUCUUAAAGGAAGAAAUCAUUCAAAGAAUGGUUAUCAAACAUUAUUUUUUGUUGAUUUUUUGGUUAUCUAUUCUGUGGAUAUUCUAUGGUCAACCAUCGCUCUCAAAUAUUCUAAAAAGUAGAAAUCCUUCAACGAAUUUUGUAUACACUAUUUUGUUGAUUUGUUGGUUAUAUAUUCUAUGGCUAUUCUAUGGUUGACCAUAGCUCUCAAAUAUUCUAAAAAGUAGAAAUCCUUCCAACGAAUUUUGUAUACACUAUAUUGUUGAUUUGUUGGUUAUAUAUUCAUGUGGCUAUUCUAUGGUCGACCAUCGCUCUCAAGUAUUCUAAAAAGAAGAAACCAUUCAACGAAUGGUUAUCAAACAUUAUUUUGUUGAUCUGUUGAUUAUAUAUUCUGUGGCUAUUCUAUGGUCGACCAGAAAACUAUCUGGCGGUUCGUCCUAUCCACCAAUGAGAGCUUUCGAAUGCGGUAGAUUUUACCUACACCGUAAUAAGACUGCGAGACAGGAUUUAUUUACCGGUAAACGGAUUUUGUAACAUUUUACUGUUAUAACAACUGUCAGAAUGUUUCUUAAGGGACGCAGGACUUUUUACCGGUAAAUUGUGAAUAGAACAAUCUAUCAUUUGAAACAAUUUACCGUGUGACGUGAUGGUAUCACCUAAAAAUGAACAACAUCGACUUGUGAAAUAUCGUGUUCCCAGAAUGUGCUCAAUAUCAAGUCGGUUUUAUUUAUUAGGAAUA